GUGAUAAAUUAAGACAUGCCUACGUGUCUUAAUUUACUACGGCGGUCUGUCGGCUAUAUUUUUACUAUGUAUUGAAGAUCUCUUUCAGUGCAUUGCCUUGUAUUUCUUUUUUGAAUAUUCUUAAAAAAAUUGUCUUAAGGUUAACAAACACUCAAAGAAAGUCCAAAUUUGUGCAGUUGUUUGGAAGUUAUAGGACUCGUACAUUUCGGCGAAGCAUUUAUUUGUGUAUGUUAUUGUAGAAUAUGUCACAUUUGACAUUACAAUUUUCAAUGAAAGUAACAGUCGUAAUGAAUACUAUUUACCAGUAAUAAGUAAUCUGUGAAUUGUACUAAGGUCAACUAAGAAUAACAUGAUUGGCAACGAUAGGUAUUUCAAGUCUUAUUUCGAAAAAUAUUUGAAAACAACUGUGACGUCAUUAAAUUUUGUAAUAUCGUUAACGAAAAGGAAUUAAUAGAAAAUUUAUUACACAUUUUUAAAAUGGGUGGAUCAGUAAGUGCUGGUCGAGAUAACAAUGAGUUGAUAGACAAUUUAGUGAGUGGAAAUUACAUACGUUCUCGAGGGGUAGAAAAAGUGUUUCGAGCUUUGGAUCGAGGUGAUUACAUGACACCAGAGGCCAAACGGCAAGCUUACAAGGAUUUAGCUUGGCGCGAUGGCCUACUUCAUAUGUCAUCACCAUGUAUAUACAGUGAGGUGAUGGAGGGAUUGGAGUUAAGACCUGGUCUCUCUUUCCUAAACAUUGGAUCAGGGACAGGAUACCUAAGCACCUUAGCUGGGCUUAUCUUAGGAACUUCUGGCAUCAGUCAUGGUGUGGAAAUUCAUCCCUCAACUGUGGAUUAUGCUACUAUUAAGUUACAACAAUUUAUUAAAAAAUCACCAAGUCUAGAUUACUUUGACUUUUGUGAACCUAAGUUCUUUGUUGGAAAUGGGCUUAAUUUAGCACCCUUGCAGAGUGGAUAUGAUCGUGUUUACUGUGGUGCUGGGUGCCCAGAAAAAUAUGUUAAUUAUAUUAGAUACUUGCUCAAGGUAGGUGGGAUACUUGUUGUUCCUAUUAAUGACACACUACAGCAAGUGAAGAGAGUCUCGGAAACAAAAUGGGUCAGUAGCAGCCUCAUGAGCGUUUCCUUUGCAACGCUAAGAGCACCCACCGAUGAGGAUACAAGAGAACAUUUUAAAUUGGUCGAUAUAGAACCACCUCGGCUGGUGAUGUUGGCCCGGGCGCGUAUCCGUGAAGCUUUGCGAGACAGCGUGCUGGAGCGUAGACCCGAACUGCGGGAGAAGACGUGGCGCCGCCCUCCCAGACGCAACCAGGAACCGAGAAGAGUCAUCAUACCCAUCGAGUCCACGCCCGACAACGAAAACUUAAACGUCCUUCACGACUUGGACGCCGAGAGUGGAGCGAAUGAAAUGAAUGCGCUCCUCAGUCUCGUGAUUAGUAUGGGAGAAGACAGAUUGGCCGGAGCCUUGCGUUUCGGCAGCGACAGAGGAACCGGGUACGUAUAUCGCCACGACCGAGACUCACAUUCCUCCUCCGACGACGAUGACGACACGGAUGGCUCUACCGAAACUGUCGAACCCACCACGGAGACUAAUGAUCAAAGUGAAGAAAACGAAGACGACACCGGCACGAGCUCGAAUCGAAAGUUAAAAGAAGAUUCCGAAGAUACCACUCAUAAGACUGACGCAAAAGACAAGGCCGAUAAUAAAGAAAGUGAAGUUGAAAAUGUCGUAGAGAGCAAUGACGAAAUUGAAACCGAUCCCCAAAGCGAUAGUUCCUCCGUAGACGAUUCCAAAGCUAAGAAUAAGCGACAUAGGGCUAGGCUGUCGAGGACGAUGGCCAAGCUGAAGAGGCUUGGCAAGAAACCAUUCAGGAACGCGGGAAUAGCGAAAGCCUCAACGUCGAAAGUUGAAGACGAUCGUAGAAAUGACCGCGAGGUCAGCAGCAGUGAAUCUGACGAUGACAAGAAGCCUCCCGGGACCGACGUCGACACUUGCACCGAAGACACUUCCCAGGAGGCCGGGCCCUCGACUGACAUGGAGUGGCAGGACCUUAAGCAUUCCGGGGAGGAAAAUAACGGAGUGCACAAGAGCAAGGCUAAAAGGCAGAAGCUGGACAGCGGCAUCGGGGAGAACUCCGGCAGUGCCGAAGAGACCACACAGAGCGACAGCGGCUCGGACUCCGACAGCUGGACCAGGCUCAACAUCUCUUGCUCUGGUAUCGCAGAUCGCGACGACGAUUCGUCCCUGGAGGAAGACGAGGCGUCGGCGGAGAGGCGCGCUCGACGCAAGUCCUUAGAGGCUCGGCGCCGAGAGAUGGCGCUCACCGUGAAGCAGGCCGUGGCCGCUCUGCCGCUGCCCCAUCCGCUCAAGAUGUUCGUGAACUGGGGUCGCUCCUACCAAUUCUAACGGCGGACCGACGACUCAAUCGUUACGAUUUCAUACAGUGUCUUGAAACGAUGGCUCGAAAGCCGUUUUGAUGUUGCGUUAACUUAUGGAAUAGAAUUGUUGAACGAUUUCUUAGCGAUUAUAAAUUUAACAGAACAAGAAUGAUAAUGAGCCUUAGCCGUACUCGUAAGAGAUUCGCUUUUCGCGCAAUCGUCGGCCAUUUUGUCGAUCGUUAGGCGUGCGGAGGAGUCGAUCUUCGAUUUCUUGUUGAAUAUAUCUCCGAAAACGACAACAGUGCGCCAUUUAAAAAAUAGGCAAAUAUGUUGAAAGAGAUAUCGAGACUUUAUUUUUUAACGAAUACAGUGUUUUAUAUGCGUUUAUGAUAAUAUUAUAUUGAUUUAAGACUGCGAGCGUAGGUGAAGUGACGUUAGAUUGUGAUUACAAUGUACGUAGAUGUUCGAAUUCUAGUCUUUUUUACUCCUCGGAACGCGGUACGUCGCUCUGUCGACCGGCAGUCGCUGGUUGGAGACAAUGCAAAUAUUUGUGAUGUAUCGAUUUAUUGCAUUUGCGGAGAACCUUUUUCAAAUAUUCCUUUAAUUAUUUAAAAAAUAAAUAAUAAAUAGGUCGUUUCGAGCUCGACGUCGCUCAUCUAUGACGUACUAUUGUAAUGUUUGAUAGGAUUUUGGUUUUUGGCAAAACAAAUGUUGUUCCUUAAAAGAAACGGAAGUCGGGCAAGAGUCAUUUGUUUUAUUCGCACUUUAAACAUGUAUAACUUUGUUGACGGCGUCUUUGUUUCGUCUCUCACUAAUAUUAAUUCUAUGUAAUCGGCGUUCUAAUAAAUAAUUAUUCUUAA